AUGGGGCACGAUGCUGCUCAACUACUGCUUCACUAUCGAGUACAUCAACAAAAAGGAUUUCGGCUAAGUGGACGCUCUUUCACGCCUCCUCUCGUCAAAAUAAUCGGGAACUGUUGUCAUCUCUCAGUAUCCGCCGAAUCCAUUCGGACUGCUUCACAAGCCGAUGGUUUUAUUCAGCUUCUGAUCGACUAUACGAAGUCCGGAAAAUGGCCCAAAGUCAACCGCCAUUCUCCUCUGUGGCACUACUACAACCGCAGAAAUACCAUGACGGCAGUCAAAGGAUGUCUGCUCACUGCAUCCCGCAUAGUGAUUCCAAAAUCACUUCGACAUCGUGUUCUUUCAGCACUACACAAAGCUCAUCCAGGCCAAAUAAAGAUGAAAAUGCUCGCAAGAUGCUUUGUGUAUUGGCCUGCGAUGGAUUCGGACAUUGAAAAACUCGUCAGGACCCGCCCAAGAUGUGCAUCCGUGGCAAAGGAUCCGAUCGUAGCCGAACCACAGUCAUAG